GUCAAUCUUGCGAAAUUGUGCUGGUUUUUGCCGUGAUCCCCUUGUUCGUCUGUACAUUUCUUCGCACAAUUUCACUUGGUUUUGUGUUCUUGGGGCGUUCUUGGAAUAACCUGGUUUGGUGGGGUGCGGUUCGUGAAAUUUUGUGGGGGUCAACCGAUCUGCGGGUAAGGGGAUCAGGGAGACCAAAGGAUUUCGGGAUUAUUUCUAGAGUUCGUAACAUAGGCGAUGCUCAACUGGGGAAGAAAGGCUGUGCUCAAUGCUAGGGUUCCGGUGGGCAAGCUAGUGGAUCGGAGCGCCGUCUUCUCCUCAGGCUCCAGGCUGUUCGUCGGAGGUCUGCCCUAUGACACCAAUGAAGUUGCUCUCAAGGGUGUAUUCUCUCAGCAUGGCGAUAUUAUCCAAGUCAAAGUGAUAUGCCAUCCCGUGACGGGGCGAACCAAAGGGUAUGGUUUCGUCAGGUUCUCCUUGGAAAAAGAAGUAGCUGCGACAUUGGAGAAGAUGAGCGAUGCGGUGCUCGAUGGAAGAACAUACGGGUGCAUUUCGCAAACAGUGGAUGAUCUGCUACUGCUGCUAUAGAUGAGCAGGGUACUUAUCCGGUCUUUGUUUGUUGUGUUCAGAAUCUGUAAUGUUAGAUGGCGCCCUGGACAUGUACUUUUGCAUGAUCACCAGUACAUAUUUCAAGCUUAGUCUCGUGACCAACUUCAAAUAGACCAGUCUUCUGAUUUUUUAGCUUGACAUUGCCUGUAGCAUUCUGUUUGUUGAUAACUGAAAACCCAGAGGAA